UGGAAGAGAUAGAAGCCUAUUUUUGGACAGAGUUAUGUAGGAUCCAUCUUUUUCACAGCAGAACCACUCAACCUGAAUUCUUAUAAAUAAUGGUGAUUUUCAUUAGAAUAUAGAAGGUAACCUGGGCUGAAAGGUAAACAAGAGAUUGUAGAAGGAGAGCCUUUGUUUUCCCACUGGUGCAUAUGAAGGAUUUAGCAACUCAAAUCGCUUUGAGAGAUCCCUCUUAUUCACCUGGAAAAGAAAGGCGUUAGCGAUUAAGCUCCUUGGAAAAAUCUCUUGUAUCAUAUUUAAGUAAAGACGGCCAAAAGGCGUUGCUGGUUUCCUGAAAUAUAAAGAUGGCAGGAGGUGCAUUUGUAGCUCAUGGUGGGGGAAGGAUCUAUGAAGGCAAAGUCACCCUCUUUGUGGUGAUCACUUGUCUUGUCGCUGCCACCGGAGGUCUUAUCUUCGGUUAUGACAUUGGUGUCUCAGGAGGUGUGACAUCAAUGCCACAAUUCUUGACCAAGUUCUUCCCUUCGGUGUUGGACAAGAUGAAUGACAAAACCCGUCAUGAGACUGAAUACUGCAAAUUUGACAGUCAGAAACUUACAUUGUUUACCUCUUCCCUGUACCUUGCGGCACUGGUGGCUUCCUUCUUUGCUUCUGUGGUAACCAGAGCCUUUGGCCGUAAAAUCUCCAUGUUGUUUGGAGGUCUUGUCUUCCUCUUUGGUGCUCUUCUGAAUGGAUUUGCCACCAACAUUGAGAUGCUAAUUAUUGGCCGUUUGUUGCUUGGUAUUGGUGUUGGAUUUGCUAAUCAGGCCGUUCCGGUCUAUCUCUCCGAGAUGGCACCAGCCAAGAUUCGUGGAGCUCUCAACAUGUGUUUCCAAAUGGCCAUCACAAUUGGCAUCCUAGCAGCAGGUCUGAUCAAUUAUGGAACAGCCAAAAUCGAAAGCGGAAAUGGUUGGAGGAUUUCUCUAGGUCUUGCAGCCGUUCCAGCCCUGAUUAUGGCCAUUGGGUCUCUCUGCCUACCAGACACACCCAAUUCCAUUCUUGAGAGAGGCAAUGCUGAGAAGGCAAAGAAAAUGCUUCAGAAGAUCCGCGGCACUGACAAUGUUGAAGAGGAGUUUCAAGACCUUCUUGAUGCAACUGAAGCCGCAAAGAGAGUUGAACAUCCAUGGAGAAACAUAUUGCAACCGCAAUACAGACCUCAACUAGUCAUUUGCAUCCUUGUUCCGUUCUUCCAACAGCUCACUGGAAUCAAUGUCAUCAUGUUCUACGCUCCGGUCCUUUUCAAAACUUUAGGCUUUGGUGAUGAUGCUUCACUCAUGUCUGCAGUUAUAACCGGUGGUGUUAAUGUCCUUGCCACCUUUGUUUCCAUCUACUGCGCAGACAGGUUCGGGCGCAGGGCUUUGUUCCUUGAAGGUGGCGGCCAAAUGCUUAUCAGCCAGAUCUUAGUAGGAGUCAUGAUAGCACUGAAAUUUGGUGUCAAUGGUGAUGGAGAACUGUCCAAGUUUGAUGCGGAUUUCAUCCUCUUCUUGAUCUGUGUUUACGUAGCAGCAUUUGCGUGGUCGUGGGGACCUUUGGGUUGGUUGGUGCCCAGUGAAAUUUGCCCUUUGGAAAUCCGAUCAGCAGGCCAAGCCAUCAAUGUCUCCGUGAACAUGCUCUUCACCUUCAUCAUUGCUCAAGUCUUCCUGUCCAUGCUUUGCCACAUGAAAUUCGGUCUCGUCUUUUUCUUUGCUGUCUUUGUGGUUAUAAUGACCUUCUUCGUAGCCUUCUUCGUGCCGGAGACGAAGAACGUACCCAUUGAAGAGAUGAAUGCAGUGUGGAAGGCACACUGGUUCUGGAGCAGGUACAUCCCAGAUGAUGCUGUCAUUGGCGGCAACAAUAACAGGAAAUCAUCUGAUGCUUGAAAGGAGCAGAAGAAGAAACUGCGCUCUUCAAAUGGCAUAUGGUUUCUGUUUGUAAGUCCCUGGUUGCAAAUAUUGUAAAAGUGAGAAAAUAUCAAUCAAUAGAGAGAGAAAACUCUACAAUGCUUGUCCACCUUUUUUUUAUCCUCUUAUAUUAACACUGGGAAGU